AUGGCCAAAUUAAAUAUAAUACAAGCAAAGCAAGACCGAAAUGCUCGAGAUUUGCCCGGUAGGUUGGCUCGUUUUUGUCUGAUUAGUCAUCAAAGCUGGAGAAAAUAUUUUGCCGAAGUCCCGAGAAACUUUUUUUUUUUCUUGAACCUUCGAAGGGAAGACGAAGACGACGAAGACGACGAAGAAAACGCAGAAGACGCAGGAACAGCUUCUCUUCUCAGUGAAGUCAAUGCCUGGACAUCAACCGUCAUGUACAAUCACGACCCUACCAGACGGAUUCCAAGCGUUCUGGGAGUUGGGAAGGAUGCAUCGGCCUCAGAAAUUAAACGAGCAUACUAUGGGCUGGCAAAGAAGUUCCACCCCGAUACAAACAAAGAUCCCGGCGCCAAAGACAAAUUUGCCGAAGCCCAAACCGCCUACGAGACACUAUCUGACCCUGAGAAGAAAAAGGCCUAUGAUACGUACGGGUCUGCUGCAUUCGAUCAGAAUGGCGGGUUCAACCCUGGCGCUGCUAGUGGUGGGCCAUUUGGAGGGGCGGGAGGCUUCCAUGGCUUUGGCGGUUUCGGAAGCGGUGGCGGCUUUGGAGGAGGUUUCACUGCGGAUAUAAAUUUCGACGACAUCUUUGGUGCCUUUGCUAAAGCUACUGGCCGCAACCCACGCGGGCACGGAUCACCUUUCUCCAGCGUUGCGGUUGGAGACGACAUCGAGGUUCAGGCGAAUAUCUCGUUUAUGGAGUCAGCCAAGGGAACGACCAAGGAAAUUAACAUCACACCGUUGGUUACAUGCAAUUCAUGCAAGGGAGAAGGAUUGAAAGAUGGUAAGAAACGAUCACGCUGUAGCACUUGUGGAGGCACUGGUGCGCAGAUCCAUGUCAUCCAGGGCUUCCAGAUGCAGAGCACAUGUGGAGCGUGCAAUGGAACCGGGUCGUCGAUACCCAGGGGGUCUGAAUGCAACACAUGUAGCGGAGGAGGUGUUGUUCGAGAACGAAGAACCGUCAAAAUUGAUAUUCCCGGUGGUGUCGAGGAUGGGAUGAGGCUGCGGGUUAAUGGUGAAGGUGAUGCCCCGAUGGCAGAGCCAGGAACCCGAACGCAGCGAGGAAACCUCUAUGUCUUCAUCAGGGUUGCCGCUGACCGCAGAUUCAACCGUUCCGGGUCGGAUGUACUAUACACUGCCGCCAUACCUCUCACAACCGCCCUACUUGGAGGCGAAGUCACGGUGCCGACACUGGACGGGGAAGCUAAAGUUAGAGUUGGCACCGGAACGGGAACUGGUGAUAAGAUUACCUUGCCUGGGAUGGGUAUGCGGAAGCUUGGUGGGCGGAGAGCAGGUAAUGGUGACUUGAAGGUAGAAUUCAAGGUCACCAUGCCGAGAUCAUUGACCCCCAACCAGCGAACAAUCCUUGAAGUGCUUGCAGACGAGAUGGGAGACAAGACUGCGAAACGAAUUAUGAAUGUCAACGACAUGAAGCCUGAUGGCUCUUCGAACAAGGCUUCUACCGACAAGACAGAUAACGCACAAAAGGGUCAGGGGUUCAUCAAGUCCGCCUGGGACAAGCUGAUGAACCAUCGCAACCCAUGUUCCUCCAGCUCAAGCAAAGGGUCCUCAGACUCUACCGACAAAAAGGGGCCCGAGACACAGUCGGAUCAGCACAAGGAGUCCGACCAGCCUAAUGAGUCCAAAAAGGCAUCAGGAUCUGGCUAA